AUGCUGAUGGAGACACUGGAGCGAGAGGUAGAGGCCCUCAACGCCGAGGUGACGCGGCUCCGGUUGAUGGUGUACUACUUGAAGGAUGCCACGUACGCAUCUGCGCCUCCGUCGGCGGCGCCCGCCCGUAGCGCGAGUGGCCACUGCAGUGCGUGUGGCGGUGCACUGGUCCCGCGCGAGCCCGCGGCUCGUCCGGCGGCCAACAGUGGCGCGCCGGCGCCAGCGGAUCGCGUGUCGAAGCAGGUGCUAGAAGCCGUGGCACAGCUGUUGGCCGCCAGCAAAGACGUCGGGGCUGCGUUACCGGCGCUGUGCGAGGGCUGCAAAGGGAAACGCUCCGAGCGUCUCCGACGGAGUGGGCGGUCAUUGAAGGAAAAAGGGACGACAAGGCACCGAAGUCAUCGAAGACCCUCCUCCUCCUACUCUUCCGCUUCUUCUUCAGUGGCGGCAGCCUCCUCGUCGUCUUCGUCCAAGUCGUCCCACACAGAGAGCCGAGGGAGGGGACGAUUCCAUCGGCACGCGGUAAAGAAGAAGGGCAGGAAUUCGCGAAGGCGUUCGGCGAGUGUAGAAGAGAAGCAAAAUGCCUCGUCGACACUCGCUCCACAGGAGGGCUCGUCGCAGGAAAAGAAACGUGACGCCCCUCGUGUCGCCGCUCAAUGUCAAUGGCCGCAAACACAGGCCGAAGAGGAGGCGGAUUAUGGGAGUGGGGAGUGCAACGCCGCGCGCAGCUCUUUGCGGAGUUGUCAGGAGGCGGACGCCUGUUCCACGGCAAACGACCCCCUAGCAGCGUCUGACGCCGCGGACAGAAGCAUUCUCCCGUCACUCGGUGCCUCAUAUGGCAUGCUGGCGUCGAUCCUUGGCUCGUCGGCAAGUGGCUGGGAUCAAAGGAAUUUGGUAUCGAAGGAAGAGCAGAGCUCUUCGGCCGUCGCUGCGUCGACGCCGCCCCUGCAGUUAGACAAGAAGGAGGAGGAGGGCAGAGAGACACCGCUUUCGACGGACGAAAACGGAUAUCCUAUUGUCGCCUACAGCUCCUUCUCUAUAAGUUCCUUUUCACCCGCAAAAGCGGUGAAGGUUGCCUCCACCACACCGGAGAUGAAAAAAGUGGGUAUGUCGGGAACGAAAGGUAGCGGGGGAGCACAGAUGCAGUUUACGCCUCUCAGUGUGGCUCGUACAGAGCUGGCACCGCGCCGUAGUUUAUUGGCGCGCAUCCAUGAGGCGAGCGUUGAUUCCACUGCGUCCGAGGAGAGCCCCUCAGCUCCCGCUGCGCCCCAGGGCACUGGGGCGGCGGCUACUUCACCCCCUCUCUCUCCUGGUGGCGCACCGAACACCUUGCAUGGCGCAUUGAGUGGUGAAAAUGUCUCCAGGAAGAGCUUUGCAAACGCGGCAACAGUGCCAAGUUCGCUUGGCUCUUUUGGGGGUUGUGGUGUGGAGAUGAUUGAAGAGUAUGGGUUUGCCUUGAACGAUUCCUUUUCUGCAAGCGCGAGCGGAGGGAACCUUGACACCCGCAAGAAUACUCCUUCAUUUGCCACACUCCCAAGAACUCACGCCAUGUACCAUUUGAGGAACGAGAAUGAGAACGAUUGA